UUCAAAGCUUCAAAACAUUAAAUUUUAAUUUUGACCGUUGCUUUCAUUGUUUGUGUCAGUUGUGUUUGUCUGAGGUAGUUUCUUAACCGAACUGUGUUUGAUUUGAACAGAUCAAAAUGCGGAAGGCCGAGGAAAUUGUGGAGAGGCAUCUGAAAACCAUCAAAAUUCCUCAAGGCCUAGAAAAACAGACCAAGCAGUUGGUUACCAACAUGGUUCAACAUCCGGCUUUCAACAAUACAGAAUACAAAUGGACUCUAGACGACUUCGAGCUGGGCAACCGAUUAGGCCGAGGCAAAUUCGGUCGAGUGUAUAUGGCGAGGGAAAGAUCCACCGGGUUUAUUGUUGCCUUGAAAACCUUGAUGAAAGUGGAAAUCGCCAAGAACAGAGUGGAGAAACAAGUUAUGAGGGAAAUUGAGAUCCAGAGCCACUUACGACACCCGAAUAUUCUUCAAAUGUUGGCCUGGUUCCACGACUCCCAUCGCAUCUACUUUGUUCUUGAAUUUGCCGGCAAAGGGGAGCUGUACGGACACCUGAGGAGUGGCCAUCACGAAAGAUUCAACGAACACCUAGCUGCAAAGUACCUCUAUCAAGUGACAGACGCGGUGAAUUAUUGCCAUAACAAUCAUGUGAUCCAUCGGGAUAUUAAGCCGGAAAAUCUGUUGCUGACCAUCACUGGCGAUAUAAAGCUGGCGGAUUUCGGAUGGUCUGUGCAUUCUCCUUCUUUGAAACGCACCACCAUGUGUGGCACGUUGGAUUAUCUGCCUCCUGAAAUGGUCCGGGGCCAAAAUUAUAAACAAUAUGUGGACCAUUGGUGUCUCGGCGUUUUGCUGUACGAGUUUCUGCAUGGCAGUCCCCCGUUCGAGAGCAAGAAACAGGAGGAAACGUAUGAACGCAUAACAAAGCUCGAUAUGAAGUUCGGCAGCCAUAUUUCUCCCGGGGCCGCGGAUUUAAUAUCAAAGCUGGUUGUCAUCAAGAGCGAUCGUCGGAUGAAUUUAACCGACGUUAUGAAUCACCCUUGGGUGGUGGAGAAUAAGGUGAAGGGGGACUAAUUAAUUUGAUUUUUAUACCACCGUUGUUUCAUCAUGCUUAGGAUGUGAUUGAUUUUAUGUUUUUUUUUAUAUAGUAAAAGAUAUGAACCAAA